AUGGCAGAUGGUCGCAACAAGGACUCGAAGCCCUCGAGCGACGAAACCGGUUCUGCAGAACCGCGGAUGGACGACAGUGGUGGAACCAGACGGCCAUACUACGAGUGCACCUUCUGCAAGCGGGGUUUCUCCAACGCGCAAGCUUUAGGAGGGCACAUGAACCUCCACCGCAAACACCGAACCAGGGAACGGCAGUCGCCGGCAACGCCUUGGGUAAUGGAGAGGACCGAGGACGAUUAUGCUGGCAACAAUAGUGCCUUCUGCCCUCACCCUUAUGAGCCAUUCAGGGGUUACACGUACUUCCCAUCAUCAUCGUUGUCAUACAAUGGCAGUGACGUGAGGAUGGGCACGGAUAGUGGCUUACAAGCGCCAUACGAGAUGAGCCUCUUCGGCGGGGAGUUACGCAUGGGCUCGACCACGCAUGUCGAUGGCCCCGUCGCCGUAGCCGGAGAAGGAAGGAGGCAAGAGGUGGAAGACGCUGAACUGGACCUGGAGCUGAGGCUCGGUCAUCAACCAUAG